AUGCGCGCUCAAAUAUCGAAUGCGAAAUAUAAAGUUUCCAUGGAUCACAAAGAUAGAGAAAGCACGCCCCAAGUGCUUGCGUCUAUUGAGCCCCAGGUCAAGCAAGAAAGCGUAGAAGCCAUUCCUCUUGAUCAAGGCAUCUCAACUCGAUCAAGACAUAAAACUCAAUCAAAAGGUCAGCUUCUUCAGAAAGAACAUAAUGUUAUUGUGCAACCUCGACUCAAACCGGUUCCAUUUCAGCAAAACGACAUAGGUAUUAAUGACAACAGAGCUCCUCAAUGUGUACCUGUGGGAGAAGGAUUCCUUCAAUCUGAGGACCAACCCAUAAAUAGGCGUGGAUACAAGUACAAACCGUGUCGACCCAACCCUAUCUUUCCUUCCAAUCUAUAUUCAACAACAGACCUUCCACCAUUCAAGGUUCGUCCGAGCUACUUUGAUCGGGCUCUGGGAAUUGUAUUCAGUGAAAAUAUGGCUACAGUCUCUACCAACGCUGGAUGGAGAUCGGUUCGAGCCAAUGUCGGGGUAAGAGAAGGUCUGUAUUAUAUGGAAUUCGAUAUAGUGCGUUCAAAUGACGACAGCAAGGCACACGUUAGAGUGGGUUUGGCACGGAAAGAAGCCAGUCUCGAAGCUCCAGUUGGGUUUGAUGGUUAUAGUUAUGGCUUGCGAGAUGCUACAGGGCAGAAGCUCAACUUGAGCAGACCAAAGCAUUUCAUGGAUACCGGGUUCAAGUCUGGUGACACAAUUGGAAUGUUAAUUGAGCUUCCUCCCCUUGAUAAGCAUAAGCUGUGCCUAGAAGGAUUCGAUGCACAGCAAAAGAAGCAUAUACCUCAAAAGGGUGACGAAGCCCACAAGGAGAAGAAGCGAAAAAAAACCAAGGCCAAGGUAUCUAACCCAGAAACAGCACUAGAGAUGAAUGCCCAUGGUAAUAUUGUUCGAGAUCAGAUUCCCAUCAAGUACAAGAGUAGCUUGUAUUAUGAACAAUUCGAGUACACCACCAACAAAGCCAUGGAUCACCUUCUCAACCCAGUGACGGUAUUCGGUGAAAAGGCAAUUUUGGAGUCGAUAAACAACAUGCAAGCACAGAUACCCACCAUUCCAGACUCCAAGAUCACCGUGUUCAAAAAUGGAGAGAAGGUGGGCGUCAUGUUUGAAAAUCUCUACUCCUUCUUGCCCACCUUCAAUGAGGUUGAAACGACCAGCAUCUUUCCCAAUGCCAUACAGCUGCAAAACAAUAAUUACAACUACACUGAUGAUGGAACUUUGGGUUAUUAUCCUAUGCUUUCGGUAUUUCAAGGUGGUAUAGUUGGGUUGAACCCUGGCCCAAAGUUUAAGUAUCCGAUCAGCGAAGCCCAUAAACCACUCAGUGACAGAUACGAAGAUAGAAUUGCUGAAGAAAUGGUAUGGGACAUAAUUGACGAGAUUGAAGCUGAAUAUUUGGAUCAGUUCGAGUGA